AUGGCUGCCGCUGCUGCGCGAGUGGGCAGAGCCUGUCUCUAUCGACGGUCGACAUCAUCUCCUCAGUGCAGGCAACUUCUGCAGGACCCAAUCCCUUGUCGGCCCGUUCCAUUCAGGCACAUCCAUGCCCGCCUCCCACCACAACAACGCCGGACCUUUUCGAACAGUAGGAGGCUAUGGGAAGAAGAGAAGAAGAAACGAGACAACGAGAGCUUUACUUCCCGGCUUGGGAAAGCAUGGCGGUCAACGCGAGUCGAAUGGAAGCCGAUCCCAAUCGGCUUGGGCAUUGCGUUCCUGGGCCUGUUUCAAUUCAUACGUAUUCAGAGGCGAGAGGGCGCUGCGGAGGGGACUGGACCUACCCCUCCAAAGAGAAAGAGAAUCCAUCCAUCAGGAGGUGGCUGGCAGGUCCAGAUCAUGUCCACCCUUCCCUUAAAGGCUAUCUCUCGAGUCUGGGGUCGCUUCAACGAGUUGACGAUUCCCUAUUACCUCCGCGUCCCCGGUUUCAAGCUCUAUGGCUGGAUCUUUGGUGUCAACUUUGAUGAGGUGGCUGAACCUGACCUCCACGUCUACCCAAACCUAUCUGCUUUCUUCUACCGCGAGAUCAAACCCGGACUCCGACCUCUUGACCCUGAUCCCAACGCGGUCCUCUCUCCCGCCGAUGCCAGAGUGCUUCAGUUCGGCACAAUCGAGAAUGGCGAAGUCGAACAAGUCAAAGGAAUGACAUAUUCUGUCGACGCCCUACUCGGAAGAAUUGCGCCACCCUCCCCCAACUCGCAACUUUCCGCACAAUCAGAAGAUCAGACACCAUCAGAUUCACCCGGAGGCACGGACGCAAAGUCCAUUUCGGCUGACGAGGAAUUCGCCAACGUCAACGGAAUCUCCUACACACUUCCCAACCUCUUUUCGGGAACGCAGUCUUCUUCAGCCCCAGUCAAAACUCAAGAUGCAUCCAUGCCGUCCGCUCCGUCCUCGGAGGCGGCCGUAUCGGCUGAUCUGGCAAGCACCCAACCCUGGUGGUCUAUCUUUUCCCAACCAACCAGAUCCUCAAACCUGUACUACGUCGUCGUCUACCUUGCACCGGGUGACUACCACCGCUUUCACUCGCCAGUCAGCUGGGUGUGUACAGCUCGCCGCCACUUUGCUGGCGAACUAUACUCUGUCAGUCCCUAUGUUCAGCGCACCCUACCGGGAUUAUUCACACUCAACGAAAGGGUCGUGCUCCUGGGGAGAUGGAAGUACGGCUUCUUCUCCUACGUCCCCGUCGGCGCCACAAAUGUUGGAUCCAUCGUGAUCAAUUUCGAUAAGGAACUGCGCACCAACUCGCUCACCACGGACACAGAGGCAGACAGGCAAGCCGCUGCCGCCGCGGACCGAGGCGAGCCGUAUUCGGGCUUCAGCGAAGCCACGUACGAGAGAGCGAGCAGAGUGCUGGGUGGGCAUGCACUGCGCCGCGGCGAAGAGAUGGGCGGGUUCAGGCUGGGGAGCAGCGUCGUACUCGUCUUCGAGGCCCCCGCCGGUACCGAGUCGAACCCCGGCUUCAAAUGGGCUGUCGAAAGGGGUCAAAAGGUCAAAAUGGGCCAGGCCCUUGGGUACGUCGUUGCCGAUGAGGAAUAG